AUGGAUUUGUUACUCAUUAGGUAUAAAGUUGCUGAGAAAGCUAGGAGAUCUCAAAUGCAACAACUAUUAGGUCAGUUAGCGGUGAACAAAUACAUUGAGUGGCGUAGGAGCUGUGCAGAUAUUGAGACAGUGACUGAUUUGUUCUUUGCACAUCCUACUAGUUUGAAUCUGUUACGUGCAUUUCCAAAAGUAUUGUUGAUGGAUUGUACUUAUAAGACCAAUCGAUAUCGGUUGCCCUUUCUGGAGAAUCGAGUUGCAGCAGAUGGCAAUUGUGGGUUCCGAGCUAUUGCUGGUUUGAUGGGUUUUGGAGAAGAAGGAUGGUUACAAGUGAGAAAAGAUUUACUUAAAGAGUUGCAUACGCAUAGUGACUACUACAGGAAAUUAUUUGGAUCACAAGAGAGAAUCGAUGACCUUACCAACAUCUUGGCAUCUUUUGAACCAAACCCUGGGUUGGACCGGUGGAUGACGAUGCCUGACAUGGGUCAUCUUAUAUCAUCUUUCUGCCAAGUCGUUUUGGUCCACCUGUUUAUGCAACAAUGUCUGACAUUCCUCUCUCUUAGGUCAAUACCGACGUCUGCUGCCUCUCGCAAGGAGAUAUCUCAUUUGGAGCCUGGUCAUCCUAUUCCACCCAUAGCAACUAACUGGCAGAGGUACCAUGACCCUUGUGCAAUAGGCUGGAAGGUUGCAUACAGUUCCAGAGUACAACAUUUCAAAUCACUCAUCAGUCUAGAUGUAGCCACAAUCGAAACAGUAGACCUGGAUGAGGACUAA